AUGAUUUCAUUGCUUCAGACUUCAAUCUCAGUUGAAGGGCUGUCCGUCAAUAAAUACGCUUGUGGUUGUGGACAGCAUAUCGAUUUGAGAGAUGAGAAAAAAGCAGAGACGUCAAAGGUGAGAAAAAAAAAGAGGAUUGAACCGGCGAGAGAAGAUGACAUGGAGAAUCCGUCGAUUCUGAGCUAA